AAAAGAAAUUGCAAAAUUUUGACUCAUUCAAACUGUCAUGUUAAUCUAGCAAGUGUACAAUGGCUUCAACAUUCCUGACAAUCCUCACGAAAAAGGGAAAAUAAUUUCGAAAUUUUUCAGUGAAAAGGAUGCCUUUACGUUUUUUAAUUGAUGAUCCGUGCGAAACUGAAUAGCUGUGCUCCGAGAAAUGUUUAAAACAAUUGCCGUUUGAUCAAGUGAAAUUUGGUGAAUGUGCAGUCCAUCUUUACAUUUAGAAUUUUAAAUUUUCGAUCUAUGCUAUUAUUGUGCAAUCCGUGCAAUUUUCGGCUGCAAAAAUGGACGAGCGCACAUUAAAUGAUUUAUUGGAGUGCUCCGUAUGUUUGGAAAGAUUAAAUUUAAAUUCGAAAGUGCUUCCAUGUCAACACACAUUCUGUCGGAAAUGUUUGGAAGUUAUUGUGUCAUCACAGGGGUCUUUGAGAUGUCCAGAGUGUCGAGUACUUGUGGAAAUGAAAAUCGAUGAACUACCUCCGAAUGUCUUACUGAUGAGAAUACUCGAAGGCAUGAAAAAUGCAUCACACAAUCAAAUUAACACGGUCAUAUCAUCACAAAAAGAACUGCCGCCGUUAGAUAUCCAGCAACCAUUGAACCAUCCAAACUUAAUUACGAACCGGACUUUAGAUGAACAGAAUAUUAUUCAACAAACGUCCUCCUCAACGUCAGCAAAAAAGAAUCCAAAUCCAACUUUAGUUGCACCACAUGCCAAGGCACUGUACGACUUCGUAUCGAAAGAAAAUGGGGACAUCAGUUUUAAGAAGGGCGAUCACAUCAUCUUACGCAAACGCAUCGAUUUGAAUUGGUUUGUCGGUGAAUUGGCUUGUGGUCGACAGGGCGUUUUUCCCAUCAAUCACGUGCAGGUGAUUGUACCUCUGCCACAAGCGCAAUGCAAAGCCUUGUACGAUUUUCGAAUGGGACCUAGCGAAGAGGAAGGAUGUCUGACAUUCAAAAAAGGUGCUAUCAUCAACGUGUUUCGCCGCGUUGAUCAUAAUUGGGCUGAAGGGCGUAUUGGUGAUGUUAUUGGAAUUUUUCCGAUAGCCUUUGUCGAAAUGAAUUCUCUUGCCAAAACACUAAUGGAAAUUGUGCCGCAGUCACAAUUCGCACAAUCGACACGCACAGUUCCGCCCACACCUCACCCGCACAUUGAACCAAUCUCAUCGACUGAAUCGAGUUCAACUAUGUCCAGUCCAAAUUCUUCUCCUUCCAACACAAGUUCAACAUCAAGUACAACACCUAGCAGUCCAACGAACAAUUUAUUAUCGCCUUUUAAUGUAGCCACUAAGCACGAAAACAAAACGAAUCGACAUUCAAUGAUUAACGUUUUGACACCUCCUGCUAACAGCAAUCAACGUAUCAAUCGCCACUCUGCCGAAAUACUCAGUGUUCCACAGGCUGAAUCAAAUGGUUGUCUCAAUAAAUCAGAUCCAAAACCUGUAGCGUCGCGCCAUAGUGACGGAAGCCACAAAUCGGGAUCAUCGAAAGUGACUGCAGUGAUACCGAGUCUUCCUGCCACGUAUGUUGCUCUCUAUCCGUACAAACCACAAAAAUCGGACGAACUGGAAUUGAAGAAAGGAUCUAUCUACUUUGUAACUGAAAGAUGUCAAGAUGGCUGGUACAAAGGUUCGAAUCGAGCCCACAAAUCUGGCGUUUUCCCGGGAAAUUAUGUGACACCACUGCGAAGCACUCACCGCGAAUACAAUCAAAUAUCCAAUUUGAAACGCCAAGAAAAGCAAAAAUCGUCACACAGCAGUCAAUCGUCAAGCCAUAAAUCAGCAACGCCACCAGAAUUGCCACCGAGACGCAAUGGAACAGUUCUGUAUGGAUCAGUGUGGUCCAAGCCUUUAGGUAACGUCGAAACCUUUUUUAAUAGAAAGAGCGACCCAACAACAGUCGGUGGUUCUUCACAAUCAUCAAGCAGUAGCAAAGACAAAAAAGAAACGACAACAUCUUCCACGGCAGUUAGUCUAAUGAAACGAAUCACAAAUAUGAAACGGUCCAAAUCUCCGUCGAAUAAUACAUCGGCAGCCACAUAUUCCAUGGACAAUCCAGUUUUCGAGGACAUAAGCUCGUCACCACCGCCCGGGCCAUCGUCAUCAAGCAAGCGAAAUAUACACAUGUCACAUCCGGUUCAUGUUCGAUCUGGAUCGUGUCCGAGUCAAUUACUCCACAACCUUCCCAUGGACGUUCAUUCAUCCAAUUGUGCUGAGCCUACAGCUAACAUGUUCGGAUCACAGCGUCUGAAAGGCCAUAAAGAACGACCAUCGUUGCACGGUGUUCGUAGCAGUUUCGAAGCUAAUCGGUUAUGUGGCUUGACUGAAAAUGUGGCUGACAGUGAGAGACACGCACAAAUGCCAGCAACGAGUAGCAAUCAUGUAGCACAAUCACAGCACCGCAAAUCACAGAGUCUGGAUGCUGCAACAUUAUCUUCGCAAAUCACCGCCAAUGGUGCUAAGUCCAACAAAUCUCAUCAUAACAGCGCCAUUCACAAAGAGCGGUUUCGGUGCAUCGUUCCAUAUCCACCGAAUAGCGAAUUCGAAUUGGAAUUGAAUGUUGGCGACAUUGUUUAUGUGCACAAAAAACGGGACAACGGAUGGUUUAAGGGAUCUCUAGCCAGAACCGGUAAAAUGGGAUUAUUUCCUGCAUCAUUUGUUGAGCCGGAUAUUUAAAACAAUUUUGUUUUUUCAAUUUUAUUUUUUUAUCAAUUUUUUUUUAUUUUAAUUUAUUUUUUAACUUUUUUUAACUUUUAUUUUUAAACUUCUAUAUCGUUAAAAAGUCAUAGACUACAUCAACGUAAUUUGCAAUAUUUUUAAUGGUGUCAAAUGCCAAGACUGUAUUUUAAAUGCAUUUUAAAAAUAAUUUUUUUUAUAAACUUUUGUUGAAGCAAAAAAUGUUUACUUCGCUGUACCGUUCUUUAUUUAAAAAAAAAAAUAUUUUUAGCAAUUUACAAAGCAAUCGUUAAACAAUUAUAAUUCAGUGACUCAAUAUAUAAACGGUUUCAGGGGUUCGAAUUUCGAUAAAGUGUUCCAAAGUACGUAAUUAGCAUGUUCUAAAGGUUUCUGAAUGGGAAGGGCUCAGUGAGUUAACUCAGAUCUGUGUAGACUCCGAUCCAUUUUACAACUACCACGAAAAUUCAUUGAAGUUUCUCUAGCCACGGGGGCUAGAGUGAAAAAAGAUAUCUCAGAAACUUCUACGAAUUUUUGUAAGUGUAAAAUGGAUCGGAAAAUUUCUAGGGAAACAAAUGUUUGGGGUUGACUUCCACAUACAAUUUUUUCAUGACACCAUAAAUUACAGUGCUUUCUAAAUGACCGUCUUUUUCUAAAUCUCUUAUUUCUCCAACUUCUUUCAUUUCUCCAUAACGAAUAUAUAGAGAAAUGAGAGAAGUAUCACAGCAGUAGGAAAAAAUACCUCAAGGGCAAAAAACACCCUUAGCACCCAUAAUUUAAAAAAAAUUGAAAAGGAAUUUUAAAAAAACCUUCGGAACAGGUUCUUUUAGAGACUUUUAGUCUACAAAUCGAAAUUAAUAAGAUUUAUAGCAUUCAGCUCGAGAUUCAGUUGCACAUAUUGGUACUACAGUAGUGGUCCACUUCAUGUCAUACUGUCGGGAUGAGCAUGAUGCUGAACUGUUUAAAGAUUUCACUACUGUAGCACCAACCCAUACAAGCGAAAGCAUCUGUUGUCGACUGCAAAUCAUUGUAUCUUCGAUGUAGUGUACCUCAAAUUCACUAACGCUUACCUGCCACUCUAUUUUUUAUUUAAUUGUCUAAGUUUAAAAUUGUCGCUAAAUUAACGAAUAAAUCAAUGCAGCAACUCGAUACACAGACCAUGAACAACAUUAUUUUACAUUUUCCAUAAAUUCCCUUAUUACUUGAGAGUUUUAGAUGACACUGCCACUGGCCCUCUUUCCCUAUAGAGAGGAUGGAACUUUAAAAUAAUAUUUCCUGAACUGAAAUUCUAUUUAUUUGCUGACGAAUAGUCUGAUCUGAAUCAAUCUCUUUUUCAUUUAUAUGUCAAAUUGAAGGACCCCCGUUAGCACUAUGUACAUUAAGUUUGACGUCUCUUAUUUAUCAAAAGAAGACCCGACAAUUUUACCGUACGAAUGAUUGAAGAACUGUAGAACCCAAUCGUAAACUGAUAACUGAAAGACAGGAAUCCUUAAUUAACAGCGAACAACGUAUGAAUUUGAAUACAUAUGUUAGGUUUAAGUAUAAUUUAGUUUUGUUAGUGAAAUAUAAGGUAAAAAAUAAAUUGGAAUUCGCUUAUUACAUUUAAUAGAAAAUUGACUAGUUAAAAUUGUACGUAUUGAUAUUAAGCAUUUCGAACAAUAGACAAUAUUUGUCUAUGUGACAUUUUGAUAUUUAUGCAAUAAAUUGUAGGUUAAAUAAAAAUACUAAUUUGCGUUUCA